CCUCAGGAGAUGGCAUAAAAAGCUCCCUGCAGCCUGCUCCUCAUAAAGGGACAUUCCACCAGAAGGAGGUGUACCAACCAUGAGGGCUGCUGCUUCACCGCCACCGCUGCUGCUGCUGCUACUGCUGCUGCUGCUGGCAAUGGCUUCACUAACCGCGGCUAAACCAAAAACCCGCUUCAUUCGUUAUCCAUCAUGGGACACUAAGAUGUAUCCAGUUUGGAAGGAAGAUGACCCGCGAUUCAAAGACUCCUGGAAAGGUGGAAGGGUGAGCUUCAAUGUGGAUAAUGACUCUCCAACCCUGACCAAGGCCAAGGUCACCUUCACCAUCGACCUGGAGUUUCCUCACAACCAGAGGGUGCAGCCGGAUGGAGAGGUGGUGUGGGCUGAAGACUGCGUUGUCAACGCAACAAAGUAUUUGCGACACAAGCCGGUUUACCCGGCGCAGAACCAAGACUGGAAAGCUGUUUUUCCAGAUGGAACACCAAUAGAGACAGACAAGAGGCCUGCAUAUGUCUUUGUCUGGAAAACCUGGGGUCAGUACUGGCAGGUGGCGGACGGCCCCUCCUCCUCCCUGACCAUUGACACGGAUGACGUCCCGCUGGGCUCCUACACCAUGGAUAUUGUUAUCUACCAUUACCGGAGCAAAGAGAAGUUCAUUCCUCUGGGAUAUGCUUCAACUCAGUUCUCCAUCACUGAUCAGAUCCCCUUCUCUGUUUCACUGGACCAAGUGAAUGAUGUGCAGGCUGCAGACAUGCGCUUUGUGCAGAACAGAGCAAUCGCCUUCACUGUCACCCUUCACGACCCCAGCGAGUACCUCAGCAACGCAGACAUCACCUUCAACUGGGACUUUGGUGAUGAAAGCGGAGCCCUGAUCUCCAGAGAGCUGACCGUCACUCACACCUACAUCACUUCUGGCUCAUACAAGCCCCAGGUGGUGAUCCAGGCAGUGAUCCCAGACAGGUCCUGUGACCCCCCACCUGAAAAUCCAACCACCGCCCCUGGUCCACCUGCAGAUCAGGGUACCACAUUAAAAGCUCCUGCGCUGGUGACUGCUCUGCCCACGCCGGUUUACUCCGAGUCACCUCCACCGAACACCGUCCCCUCAGACACAGAGGACGACACCGCCGAGGGAGAGGCCUCUGCCGCCUCCUCGUCUCAGUCCGUCCAUGAAACGCUCUCAGGGGCCAGGACACCAUCACCCGUCAACAGAGAGGCAGGAAGCAAACCCAGAGGUGACAAGAGAAGAGUAAUGCUAACAGGAGAAGGUUCGGCUGUCGUCAUUGCAAAGAGGGAUGCUGGUGACGCACCGUCUGCCGAUAACAGCUGUGUGAUUUACAGAUAUGGCUCCUUCUGCACCGGCAUUGAUAUCUUUGAGGGGAUUGAAAAAGUAGAAAUUGUGCAAAUGGAAAACGCUUUGGUGACAACCCCCAGAAUAGCCAGCAAUGUCUUAGAUGUCACUGUUACCUGUGAGGGAAGCCUUCCAAAAGAAGUGUGCAGUGUAAUUCUGGAUGCAGAGUGCUUGAAGCCAAUUCACACGUCCUGCAACGUUGUGGAACCGUCCAAAGAAUGUCACCUGAUGCUGCGUCACUUCUUCAAUGAGUCUGGACUCUAUUGCAUCAAUGUCUCCAUGUCUAAUGAUGUCAGCUUUGCCGCCACAAGUGCCAAAGUCAAUGUGGACAUGGGUUCUGGUCUGUCCUCUUCUGGACCCAUUAUCAUGAUGUUGGGGUUCCUCAUGCUUGUUCUGGUCAUGGGAAUUGCAGUUUACUCUUAUAAGCGCGUUCAGUCCUACCUCCCGCUAAAGCCAGAACUCCCUGCCUGUGAAGACGCACAGCUUGGCGCGUCUCAUGGACGCCCUGCAGCCUCCAUGUGCUGGAAUUCAGACAGACCAGCAGAAAACGACAACUGCCCUCUGCUGCAGGACAGGUCGCUGUGAAUCAAACACAGUUCAUCUGAAACUUACAAAAGCACUGAGGAGAUGUUUACUUUUUAACAUGUUUUUUAUAUCUCAUAAAAAUCUUUGCAAAUGUUUAACUUUUAGUUCUAAAUCAAACAAAUCCCUAGAAUUAUGUAACAUUUCUUGCUGAAAUUCUUUUGUACCAUCUUCAAUUAAAUUUGAGUUCAUGCUAUCUGAAAUUUGUCACAUUUUGAAAUAAAAAUGGUUUGAAAUUAAA